AAGAAGAAGAAGAAGCAUUUCUUGAGUUUAGAUUACCAAAGUUUCAAUGGCAGAGGAAGUGAUAUUGUUGGACUUCUGGCCGAGCCCGUUCGGGAUGAGGGCCAAGAUCGCCCUGAGAGAGAAGGGCGUGGACUUUGACCUGAGGGAGGAGGAUCUCAGCAACAAGAGCCCCUUGCUCUUGCAGACUAACCCGGUCCACAAGAAAAUUCCAGUCCUCAUCCACAAUGGCAAGCCGGUUUGCGAGUCCCUCGUCAUCGUCCAAUACAUUGACGAGACCUGGGGUCCCGAGUCCCCUCUCUUGCCUUCCGAUCCCCACGAGCGCGCCCGUGCUAGGUUCUGGGCCGACUUCAUGGACAAGAAGAUUUCACUGGGACGAGUGGUAAGGGCGCCAACGGAGGAGGCCCGGGAGGCGGCGAAGGAGGAGAACAUCCAGUGCUUGAAGAUGCUGGAGGGAGAGCUUGGGGACAAGGCUUACUUUGGAGGCGAGAGGUUUGGGUAUGUGGAUGUGUCGCUAAUACCGAUCCACAGCCGGUUCUAUGCUUUGGAGACACUGGCCAACUUUAACAUCUGGGAAGAGUGCCCCAAGUUGGCGGCAUGGGCCAAGCGUUGCAUGCAGAGGGAGAGCGUGGCCAAGUCAUUGCCCGACCCGCACAAGGUCUAUGACUACAUGUUGGCGCGCACGAAGAAGCUUCAGGUGCAGUAACUACUCUUGAUUUCUCGUCAUGGUCGUUUCACGACUCGCUUGUUCAAUAACCCUUCUCCUUUGGACGAGGCUUAGCUCUUUCUACUUGUGUGAGUUCCUUUAUGUACUUGAGUGUUGCUGGAUCAGCUAAUAACUUAUAUACCGCAUUUUGUUAAUUCCGUUUAGCAUAUUAUGUUUGUGUUAAUUGCGAA